AUGAACCUAAGAACCAACAAUCCUUCAACUGAGCACACAACACGCCCGAAGGCAUUGGAAGAUCAAGAAGAAUGGAUGCCAGAAUCCACAAGUCAUUUGAACCCAAGCACGUCUAGCGUUGGAGAACCUGCGGUGCAGCUGAAAGCACCAUUUCCUAGACGCUUACUGAAGAAGAAUUAUGAGCAGCAAUUUAAGAGUUUUCUUGAACUUCUGAGGAAUCUGCAUAUUGAUAUCCCACUUGUAGAAGCCUUAGAACAAAUGGAGUGUGAUGCGUUUGUCAACAACAAAUUACCUAAGAAACAGAAGGAUCCGGGAAGCUUCAUAGUCUCGUGCUCAAUCGGAGGGCUAGAUGUAGGACAUGCACUGUGUGAUCUGGGAGCAAACAUCAACCUCAUGCCACUCUCAAUUUUCAAGAAAUUAGGAAUUGGUGAAGCGCAACCCACUUCUGUAAUGCUUCAACUCGUUGAUAGAACGAUCACAUAUCCUAAAGGAAAGAUUAAGGAUGUUCUGGUGAAAGUUGAAAAAUUCAUAUUCCUAGUGGAUUUCAUCAUCCUUGAUUAUGAAGCAGACAUGGAUGUACCAAUCAUUCUUGAAUGCCCCUUGCUUGCCACUGGGAAAGUACUAAUAGACGUGCACAAGGAAGAACUGACCAUGCGUAUGUUACAAAAACAGAUACGGGCAAUAGGAUGGACGCUGGUUGACAUUCGUGGCAUCAACCCAUCGUACUGCAUGCACAAAAUUAGGCUAGAAGAGGGGAAGACUAGAUCAUAUGAGCCUCAGCAUAGGCUAAAUCCCAUAAUGGAAGAAGUAGUAAAGAAAGAGAUCAUUAAGUGGUUGGACGCAUGA